AUGUCCCCCGAACAAAUUGCUGGACCUUCCCAGUUGCAGCCGGACCUGCAUGAGGAUCAACUCCAGGCCGUGGGCAAAGCAUUCGAUGCCCUGCUACUAACCCUAUACCGACUCACCCACAGGCACAAUGACCUCAAACAAUACACACAGGAAGCCUUCAAACAGUAUACGAAUGUGACGCGAUCACUGCCGGCCCAGGAUAGACCUCGUGCAAUGGAAAUACAGCAAAGAUUGUUGGAUCAACAGAAAGAGUUAUGUGAGGGCCUCGUACAAAGCAAGCCAGCCGUCGAAGAACAGUCGUUGAAUUCAAUGGAAAUUAUGAAGACGCUCGUGUCACACCAAAAUGUAGAUGAAAACUCUAUGCGAGCCAUCGUGGAUGGAAUAAGGGGUUACAAGUCUCUUCUUCGCUCCGAUGGUCGGUCUCCCAUCUCCGCUGCCACCUCGUGUCUCCUCACCCGUGGGACCGACCCUGCGGGAUCCCGGGAACAUGACUUCACCACCAACGGCCCUCAAGGCAGUCUUCACUGUCCCUUUUCCAAACCCACCACCCCUCGCCCCGGCAGCGACAUGGCUUCUGGACGUCGAGACGAUGGACCUAAGAUUUUGAUUGAAGAUACCUGCGGACACGAUGAUCUGGACCCGAUCCAGGCCGACCAGGAGGAGCGGCGGUCCAGUACUGCGCCCUCCGUGGGCCGGUCCUCACAGGGACACUGUCCCGUAUCUCGCUGCCCCAUCCGAUACCUGGACAAGCAUUCCCCCGAAGAGAUCGCCGAGUAUGUGGAGCGACAUAAACACGAAAUCCCUCGGAGUCAUGCCAUCUGCGUGAAGCGAUACCAGCGAGAUCCGCAGAACAUGCGGCAACUGGACGCCAAGUACGGGGGCCUGAUCAACAUGAUCCGUGGCCUCAGUGCGAAGCAUCAAGCUUUCCUCCCGGAACGCGAGGCCAACGAGGACGGGGAGGUGGACGAACAGUCGGGCCAUUCCUCCUCGUCAGAGCGAGUCGAGAGAUGGGCGGAGGAGGUAGACCCCGUGACUCCCAUGCCUCCCACGCAACCGGCCGACGAGCGCGAAAGUCGGUUCGAUCGUCCGCUUCGAGAAGUACGCGUGGGCGAAUCUCCAAGCCGGCCUUGGGGGAUUCCUGUUCCUAUCGCAGAACAGCCACCCGCCACCUCGUCCUACCCUUUCCCUCCAUCUUCCAACGCCCCAACACCACCCGAACCAACCACGGCGGCACCCUCCAUCUCGUCACCACACAAACCACCCGCCAAACCCGCCGGUCGUUGUCCGUUCGGCCAUGAUGCACCAAAGCAGAAGCCAGUCGCUAGUCCUCCUGCCCCGGCCCCGGCCCCAGCACCGGCUCCGGCUUCCGCUCCUCCCCCAGCCCCAGCGGCCCAUCUUGAAUCACCCUGGUCCAACUGGGGAAACGCUGAUCUCACCAACACAGGCCAGGCGACCCCUGGUCAGGGGGGAACAUCUCGGAUCGAGAAUGGGCCUGUUCGGAUUGAUGGCCAGUCUCCUCUUCCUUCCCACGUCACCUUUAACGGACCGGUGUUCUUUGGCUACUCUGCCGAGCAGACUGCCAGCCUAUUGCAACAGCUUGCGCAACUGAACAAGGGCCCGUCUCAGGGCUGA